GCCUAGCACAGUUAGCGGUGCGCGGAGUUCGACCGUAGUUUUCUCUCCUACCCUUCCGUUCUUCUUUUCCACGGAUGGUGGCACAACCAACCAGCCGCUCCUUCAGCUGACCACCCCUCUUAGUUGGUCGCUUCCACGACAGGUUGUGACCGCCAGACUUUGUCCUUCCUCUUCAGUCUAACUUCUGCUAUACUACGCUCUUUAGACGAAUGCGUCAAGCCCAUCGAUCUACGCAUCAGGCUAAAGCCACCCACGCCUGUCAUGAUCGUUGUACGCCAUCAACUUCCACCGCUGCUCGUCCAAGGCUCAUCGACGCCCACUGACUAAAUGAAACUGCUGGAUCCGCUGCCGGAAGAUCAGAGAAGAGAUGCACAUGCCAUUGCAAGAGAGGAUGAAUGAUGCUAAUUUUUCUCAAUUGCCUCACAUCAUAUCCCAAUUUCCCAGAAUAAAAGAAUAAAGGCAUGACAUCCAUAUUCACUGGAUCGUCAUGAGAGGGAGAGUGGUCCACAUGCUGUUUACUCUCAAAAAUCAUUCUCGGACACUUCUCUCCUCCAGCCAAAAAUAUGAUGACGGGUCUCUACUCUCUCAAGUUCGUGAACUGCCCAAUCAGCUUCAAAUCAAAUGGUCAGCUAUGCUCAAAAUUCAACCAUCAUUUUCUGUUGUGCCACCGACAACUGUUCCUCAAAAUUAUUCACAUCAGAAAAUCCAAAAAGGCUACAUCCUGGAGGAUACAGGGGUCGGAUGAUCAAAUACUAAAGUUGAAUCUCGUGUGCGCCUCAAACUAUUCAAGAACAUUCACUCUAGAGGCAUCAAUGGAUUUCAUUCCUGCUGAUCAAGACAAACUUUUGGAAGGCAAGGAUUAUGAGCAAGAUUUUGAGGAAUCUCUCAACCCCCGACAUCAAAUGUCAAACUCUCAAGAAUCACACCAAGGGGGAGAUUGCUAGAGAUUUUUUCAUAAAGCCUUUCCAAGAAGACAAUAGAAGCUGAACUGCACUCAAGAUCAAGACAAAAGAGGAGCAACUCAACAAAUCUCAUCUAUGCUCUUCUCUACAUUGCUGAAGCAACACAAACACAAAGAUACUUGCGUUGCAAUGCUGAGUAAACAAGAUUGAACACCAAGGGGGGGGGGAUUAUUAGAGAUAUUUUAUGGUGUUAAAUCAUGUUUUAAUUAUUGUGUAUUUGUGUUGUAUUUAGUCUAGUUAAUAUAUUUAUUAGACUAGCUAUAUUAGGAAAAGCCUUGUAUUGUGUGGAUUUGGGCCACCUCAAUAAAGGAGCCCAAUCACACCUAGGUUACAUCAACUCAUUCCCUAGGCAUAUAAAUAUUGCCUUAAAGGGAAUGGAAUGUUAAGCCUUUCCUGAAAUUCUACACUUGCGCAGAGAGCCUAGAGGUAGAGAAGUUUUACGCUACCUUUUCC